ACCACCAGCACCACCAGCAGCGUGGGGGGCUCCUGCCGUGGAACGCCAACCACGCAGCAGGGCGCGGCGUCUCCGUCUCUGCCUCUCUCGCGGGCCCACUGGGGGCGUUGAGUAACGAUCGUGGAAGCGUGUGAGUCGGUAGCACGCUCAAUACGAUUACAUUUUUUAAAUAACAACAACAGCAAUAACAUUGACUGUUAAAAUAAUACAGAUUCAGGAUGUGAUUGGUUUUCUCCCGUCACUGAAGGUUUAAAACAUUUUUGACGUUUCGGGCAACGGGCCCUUUUUAAGGAAGAUCGUGGUUCGGAAAUUAGAACGUCUGAAUAAAUGAAAUUGAUUGAUAGGUGCGACUAUGCGUUUGCACCUUAACAUCGACCACUAAAUCGUAAGGCUCAAUCACAUACCUUCUAUUAAUUAGGGAUUCUAAUAAGACAAGCAGGCACCAUGAAUAUCUCGACAGAAAAUCUGGCAGUCGGAGCGAUGUUGGCCAUUCACACGUGCACGGCUCAUUUACCUGCGCUACCCCUUCCGGACCAGAGGGCUGCUAGCAAUUGCCCCGGGGCCAUGGUCAAUUGCCCUAGGGGCAGGGGGACGACACGAUCCGGCGAGCCGGCGAGAAAAAAUGAUGGAGAAGAGGCGGAGGGUGGUGGUGGUGAGGAGGAGGACGCUGCCGAUGAUGAUGAAGGCCAAGAGAAAUGGAAGGAGCGCGUGUACUGGUGCCUAGUCACUGCGUUCACAGCACCCAUGUACUCGGUCGUCUCGUCCCUGCUCACUCGCUCCGAGUUGACCGUGAGGGGUGAGCCCAGGGGACGACGUCAGGGCCACGCGCCCCUUCUCAAGAGGCUGGAGGUGGCGAUUGUCACGGACUUCGCCAACUCCGUGCAAAGGAUGCGCACGCGGGUAUUGGGGGGCUCGAUGCGCGAGAUGGGGGGCCCUCGAGAAGAGGGGGGCCGAGCGAUAGAUGCCGGUAGAUCGAAACCAGGAGCGGGAAUGGGAGCGGAGCAGGCGGCUGGGUCGAGGGUGCGACCAGGACCACAGCGCCCUGAACACCCCCAACACCCUGAACACACACCACCAAACACACCUGCACACCCUGAACACACACCCCCACACACACCCCCACACCCUGAACACACACCACCACACACACCCCCAGACCCUGAACACACACUCCCACACACACCCCCACACCCUGAACACACAUCCCCACACACACCCCCACACCUUGAACACACACCCCCACACAUACCUCCACACCCUGAACACACACUCCCACACACACACCCUGAACACACACCCCCAUACCCUGAACACACACCCCCACACACACCCCCACACACACCACCACACAUGGAACACACGCCCCCACACACACCCCCACACACACCCCCACAACCUGAACACGCACCCCUGCACACUAAACACACUCCCGCACACCCUGAACACUGUCACCCACAACACACACCGCCGCAGAUCAAACACACACCCCCACGCCCCAUACGCACACCAGCACACCACGCAGCCGCACACCCCGAACACACAGGCAGUGGCGACACGCAGCAGAACGAUGACGAGGCGGUUGAGGUGCACGUGGCGUCACUCGUCACACGGCAUGACGACGGUCAAGCGCGGCGAGCUGACACGAGGCAGGACGAGGUGGCCUCAUCACGACGGGGAGAAGGAGGAGGAGGAAGAGGAGACCAAGACGGAUCUUCCCGGGAAGGAGUGAAGCGAAACCUAAAGAGGCAGCCUCUCUCAGCGAAGAGGUAUCCCACUUCCUCUUCCAUGUCGUCAUCAUCAUCAUCAGCCUCGUGCAGAGUGUUGCAACCACCAAGCUGCGAUGGGUCGGCGAUGGUCUGCGAUGAGUCCGCCGUUGAUUGUAGCGAUUCCCUGAUGGUUGUGAACGAUCACGCAAAGGUGCAUGACGAUUCUGGAGAGGUCUGCAAUGGGUGUGCGAUGGUCUCCGAUGAUUCCGUCGGCAAUCGCCGAGACUCCCUGGAGGCCGUCAAAUCAAAGGUCCCACAUAUCGAGGAGGUGCCGGGGCAGGAGAGCAACGUGGAGCUACAGUCAGGAUCAGGGCUUGGCCUGGAGCGGGAGCGAGGAGGACCUGGGAUGGAGCUGGAGGGAAAGCCUGGAUUAGAGGUGGAGCAAAAACCUGAGCUGGAGGUGGAGCAAAGAACGAGGAUGGACCUUGAGAAAAAAUCUGAGGUGGAGUUAGAGACAAAAUCUCGGAUGAAAGUUGGGCAAAUACCUGGGAUGGAGUUGCUGCAAAAACCGGUAUUGGAUCUGAAGCAAAAACAUGAGAUGGAGGUGGAGCAAAUACCUCAAGCAGAGUUGGAGAAAAAAUCUGGGAGAAGGUUGGAGAAGGAACCUGGAAUGGAGCUGGACCAAAGACCCGAGAUGGAGCUGGGUCGAGGAGGACUGGACCUUGAGCUGGAGCGAGGAAACCCUGGGCUGGAGCCAAACUCUAACAACCUCCACCCCGCGGCGCUAAUCCCAGCGGUCACCGGCUCGUGGGAAAUCGCGGAGCUCAGGGAGCUCGUGUUCGGGCCGCAGUACCUGAACCAGGAGCCGAGCCCAGAUGCGAACCGCAAUCCGAGCCCACUCCCGAUCUCCCGUGGCGGCACCACCACCACCACCGGGGCCCUCCCCGCGCGGCGCCCUCCGGCCGUGCCCGUCGCGCGCUGGGGGCCGGCGGUGCCCGGCCGGGUCGAGUGCGACGCGGCGGCGAUGGGCGAGGGGAUGAGACGCAGGGCCCACCGCGCCGUCGUCGUCGAGGGGAUGUGCCCGCCGUUCGGGGUGGGCGCCGCGUGCGUCGUCAAGGUGCACAGCGCCCUGGGGGAGGGCGGCCAGCCUGGCCCGCAGCUGGUGGAGAGCAACCGCAGGUUGGCGGUGCAGGAGUGCUGGGUGCAGGGAGCCGCGCGUCAGCUGUGCCGACGCUUCGCCUCAGAGGCUUCGGCGCUGCCCGGGUUCGGCUCCACUCCCGAGGUCAUCCCGCUGUACCUGCUGACGCGUCCCGGCCGCCCCGCCGCGCACGCCACUGUGGAGGUGCAGCUGCCGGGCCGCUUCGCGAAGUACUCCCCGCGCGACGGGAGGGAGCUCAGCGCCGGCGCUGCGGGCGGGACCCCGAGCGAGGCCGGCAUGAAGUGCGUCGCCUUCCAGCACUGGGUGUUCGUGCGCUCCGGUGGCCGCCUCCUCGUCACCGACCUGCAGGGAGUGGGUCUGCAUCUCACAGACGUCGGGAUCGCCACCAGAGAUAAGGAGUUCCAGGGCGUCCGUGGGAACUUCCCUUCGUCGGCGCUCGCCCAGUUCGUCGCGCUGCACGAGUGCAGCCCCCACUGCGCCCUGCUGGGCCUGGGGCCCCUGCGCCGCGCCUCCAGGGCGCCCCCCCUCCGCACGCCGCCGGCGGCCAGGCUCGCCGCGGCCGGGACCCGCGCCAAGGGACGCGGGGCCAGGUUCUGGCCCCUGCCCCUCAAGGUCACCACCCUCCGACGGAUGAGCGAGCCGUGACCCGCGGCUUCUCCCGCUCCGCUGGUUCCCAGAUCCCAACACUGGGUUAAACAACAUGCGCAGUGUCGUUCUCUUCUAGCAUGUGCACCUUUAGCAUGUGCACCUUUAGCAUGUGCACCUUUAGCAUGUGCACCUGUUGUUCUCUUUUAGCUCCUCCCCCCUCCUCCCCCCCCCUUAACUUGUAUUUAAGAACUUGUAUCUUGGAAUCUUUGCCUCACUUGAUACAGUAAAUCUAGCUGUGACGGUCCCACCUGAUGACGGAGACUUGUGUUGCCUCCGAAACGUCGUGAUUUAUUAUUUUAUUUUAUUUCUAUUAUUACUUUUAUUAAUUUUAAUUUUAUUUUUUACCUACGUGACUUUACCGAAAAAAACUAAGAGUAUUAAUCCUUGCAGUCACGAAAGCUUCAAAUCUAGAAUCCCAGAUCCCUCGCUACCCCCCCCCCCGCCCCCCUGUAACGACCGAUCGAAUGAAUGGGGGUCCUUGCGUUGUCUCCGAUUAACAUCGAAUGAAUGACCGCAGGCGCGGCGUGGAGAGCGACCAUCUCGUGCACGUCCAGCUGCUCGCAGCCCGUGUCGGUGUCGUGACGCCGAAUUGACAAUGACAGACGGUGGCAUCGACACGAGGGCUUGUGUUUAACGGUCACAGAAAAGACUCGCAUGCAAAAUGUCUCGUGUGCAUUUAUUUUUUAUAUGAUUUCAUUGUUUAUCCCAGUGACGUCAUUCCAUUGUGUUUCGUGUAUGUGCUGUGCCUGGCAAAGAUUGUGGUAAUCUGUGUUGGCGGGAUGAAGGCUACACCCGAGGACAUUUGUCUUUGCCAUCACGUGAACUGAUGAAAUACAAGCGUGUUAUUUGUACAUGACAAUAAAUUAAUACGUAACACGUUAAAUUCAAGUAGAACACAUUCCUGCGAAGGGAGCUGGUAGGAACGUUGGGUUGCUCGGUCAAUGGUCAGGGUCAACG